AUGGCGAUGUCCCCAGAACGCCACUUGGACGAUAACCAGCUCCAUCAGGAGCCCAAGAAGGCAGGACGCCUGGGUCUUGUAUCCGGCGUGUACAUCCCUGUCUUUCUCAACAUCUUGAGCAUUCUCAUGUUCCUUAGAUUUGGGCUGAUUGUUGGGCAGAUCGGUCUUGUUGGGAUUCUUGGUCUUAUGGUUUGUGCCUACGCUGUCGAUCUUCUUACGACACUCUCGCUAUCAGCUAUUGCCUCUAACGGUGAAGUAAAGGGCGGUGGUGCUUAUUAUCUUAUAUCUAGAUCUCUCGGCCCAGAGUUUGGCGGCUCCAUCGGGUUACUGUUUUACCUGGCCCAAGUCCUCAACACUGCUAUGAAUGUGGUUGGUCUCAUUGACUGCAUAAGACUCAACGUUGGACCAUCAUUCCCCAGUGGUUACUGGAUAGGCUACAGCUUGGAGACUGCUGCUCUCAUUGCAUGCACAGGCCUUUGCCUUUUGGGCUCUGCCAUCUUCUCAAAAGCUUCAAAUGCUCUCCUUAUUAUUUUGUCUAUUGCCAUACUCAGCAUUCCCAUAUCGGCUAUAUUCAAGUCGCCGUUUAGAGACGAGCUUGCUGAUGUAGAAUUUACUGGCAUUUCAUGGGCAACACUGAGUGGCAACUUUUUGCCAGACGUUCACAAUGAACAAUUCAAAGGUCUUGCAACCUUUAGGGAUUUGUUUGGAAUCCUCUUUCCUGCUACAUCUGGUAUUUUUGCUGGCGCAUCAAUGUCUGGCGACCUGAAAAAUCCGAGCAAGGCGAUCCCCAAAGGCACACUCUGGGCAAUGUUGACGACUUUCAUUAUUUAUUUUGUUGUUAUUGCAUCGAUGGCAGCCACCACAACACACAACACAUUCCUUGCCAAUCCCAAUGUUGUUUCCGUCAUUAAUCUUUCAGCACCUCUGGUCUUGGCUGGUGAAUGCGCCGUUACCAUAUUCUCUGCACUGAUGGGCAUCAUUGGGUCAGCCAAACUCUUUCAAGCUCUUGCUAAAGACAGGCUGCUUCCAGGAUUAUCCAUUUUUGGCAAGGGUACAAAGAAAGCAGAUGAACCUGUACUUGCCAUUUUGCUCACAUAUGCUAUUGCACAAGUUGCACUCUUCGCGGAUCUAAAUCAGAUUGCAACACUCAUAUCCAUGGGCUAUCAGAUGACGUUCUUUGUUAUGAAUCUAGCCUGUUUUCUUCUAAAGAUUGGGUCUGCACCAAAUUUUAGACCUAGCUUCCAGUUCUUCAGCUGGCAAACGGCGUUCCUCGGUAGCUUGUCAUCUGCCGCCGCAAUGUUCUUUAUUGACGAGACCUAUGCUGCCCUCGCAAUCUGCGCUUUGGUAGCUGUGUUUCUGUUGAUUCACUACCUUAGUCCGCCCAAACGCUGGGGCGAUGUCUCACAGAACCUUAUCUAUCAUCAAGUCCGAAAAUAUCUCUUACGACUGAAGCCAGAACACAUCAAAUUCUGGAGGCCACAUAUCAUUUUACUUGUCAAUGACCCACGCAGACAGGCUCGUCUUAUCCAAUUUUGCAAUUCCCUCAAGAAAGGAUCCCUGUACAUUCUUGGGCACGUUAUUGUCACAGAUGACUUCAAUGCUGGUGUACAUGAAGCCAGGUUGCAACAACAAGCAUGGACCAACUAUAUUUCGGAAUUUUCUCGCAUCAAGGCAUUCGUACAAUUAACAAUGUCACCUUCUCUUACCUGGGGUAUUCGAAACUUGGUCCUUUCAGCUGGCCUCGGCGGCAUGCGUCCAAAUAUUGCCAUCAUGGGAUUCUAUAAUAUGGAAGACCUGCGGCGGUCUAACACACAUCUCAACGUGCCUGAUGUUCCACUCUCAACAGCUUCGAAGAUGAGGCGCCCAGUGAAGCCUGAAACAAAGGCAAAGUCAAAAAGAAGAAGAGGAGACACAUCGGCUCGCCUACUGGAAGGGUUCCUGCCCACUGAUAUUAUUCGAACUGAAGGCUCGAUGUCCCCGAUGGACUAUAUGACAAUGCUUGAGGAUGUAGCGCUUCAGUAUCGUCUAAACGUAGGCGUCGCCCAUGGGUUUAAUGAACUACAGACUCCACGAAAAGACGGUGACAACACCAAGAAAUACAUUGACCUCUGGCCGAUUCAAAUGUCUGCAGAAGUGACGGCCGAAGGCAAAAAUCUAGUCACGACGAAUUUUGACACUUAUACCCUGAUUCUUCAAUUGGGCCACAUACUGCACUCCGUACAGACUUGGAGACGAGUUUAUAAGUUACGCGUCAUGGUAUUCGUCGAAUAUGAAAGCGAGGUAGAAGAGGAGCAUGCUCGUGUUAAGGCACUAUUGGAAAAACUCCGUAUCGAUGCUGAAGUUUGCGUCUUUUGGUUGGCAUCCGGCCAUUUGAACACUUAUGAGCUAAUCAUCAACGGUGUCAGUAACGAUUUAGACUUUGAGCUGAUUGUGAACGAAGCACUGAAAGAUGAGAAUUGGUGGGACGACCUCCAGUCUUUUAGGGGUGUCUCUGCGCAGAUGUCUGCCAGCCAGGAGCUUAUCAAAAUCAAUUCGAUUCUAGAUUCAACAGCUGGCAGGAUGGGAGUCUAUAACCCGCACGAAGAGGGGCUUUUCGACCGACGCAGGGCUAGUGUAGCCGCGUUCUCGGAUAUGCCUAAGCGACCGGAUAUCACGACCCUCUCUAAGAUGGGUGUAAGCAUGGGCAUACAUACACAUCGUCUAAAUGAAGUUUUUGAAGAUGAUUCAACGACCGACUAUCUUUCAGACUCGGAAGCAGAAUCCUCAGAGAGCGACAUCCCGUGGGGAUCUAUGGAAACGGCCAGACAACCUGGGCAUUGUAAAGAGUCUGAGUCGGCCAGCAUUGGAUUCGCUUGCCAGUACUGGGGAAGGUGGCUCACGUUCUAUCCAAUUUGCAGAACAUCCAACCGGGACCUUCGGAUAAGAAUCCCAGAGUUGGAAGACGCGUACAGAUGUCUACCUGAUGAGGAGGCUGGUUCAACAUAUUCAACACAGAGUGUGGCAUUAUCGUUUAAUGAUUUGCCAAGCAGAGCGCAGCACGUAAUUCUCAAUGAGCUAAUGAAGCAGCAUUCAAAGGACACCGCUGUUCUACUAAGCACCCUUCCGAUCCCAACAGAAGGCACUUGCAAAGAUGAGGCUGCGACUAUUCAAUACCUUUCUAACGUGGAGCUGUUGUGUAGCGAGCUUCCGCCCGUGCUGAUGGUGUUGAGUAAUAGCAUGACGGUGACGGUCAGUCUUUAA